GACUCACGAAAUCUUAGGGUAAUCGAAAGUCGCUGAACCAAAGUCGAACUCGAUAUUACACUAGGGGUCUUAUCGCUUACAGAAUCGUCCGCAUCAACACUUUGACGAGACUUGUGUGCCCCGGGUCACGGCGAUUGUGCCUUUUAAUUUCUCUCACGCCAUUUCCGCUGACGGCUCUUCGCAUGCUGAUCUAUCCUCUGGGUUUAUUGUUCUUUACUUCGAUAAGUUAUCUUAUUUUUCCCCUCUCGCGUCCGCUGUACGCUCCGGCCUCCGUGCUUUUCUUUUUCCUUUCUCGCGCCCGCGGUUGCGCUUCGGCAUCCGUGCCUUCUUUCCUUUGCUUCGCGUCCGCUGUGCGCUUCGGCUUUCGUACCUUCCCUAUUAUUGUACGGCAUCCGCUGUAUGCCUUCAUUUCAGCCUCGUAUCCUGUCUGCUUUGUAGUCCUAUCGUGUUCGAACCCUUUUCAGAUAUUUGGACAGAAAACUUCAUGGCGUCCGAUAGGAGGAUCCCAGUCCUCGGCGAGCUGCCCCUUGUUAGCUCGGUGACUGUGGGAUACAUGGAACGCGAGGAAUCCUCAAACAAAGUGAAGAGGAUAUUGCAAAGAAUGCAGCGA